UUCUAGAUGAUUAAAAUUCAUCAAAUCGGAUCAACUUUGAUAAAAAUAUAUUAAAGAAAAUAUAUUGCUGGUUAUUAUUGACAUUUAUUAUCAUGUCAAACCCCGUAAGUGCCAUUGGUUCGGAAACCGAUUUGUUGCCUUGUCCUUAUAAUGAUUCGCAUCUUAUAUUGCGGAAACGUUUCCAAGUACACCUAAUACGCUGUCGCCGUUCCUAUCCAAAUGCACCGGUAAUAGUUUGUCCAUUCAAUGUAACACAUCGUGUUAACAAGGUUGAAUUAGAGUGGCACGUUUCAACAUGCCCUGACCGGCAAAAUUUUGAAAACUUUCGCCAUCAAGAUGCACCCAUUGUGGGUUUAAGUUCAACCAUAAAUCUUACUUUCUGUGGCAAUUCUAAUGCAACACUACUUAAUAACACCUUUGGAACUGUGGCAUCUUCGAAUAUUAAGGGUGGCGAAUAUAUUGAAUCGUCGGAAUCAUGGGAUGAUCAACCCGAACAUCCCAGCUACAAUCCUCUUGAGUAUAUCGAAAAGGCUGAAGUUCUACGUUUGCCAGUAGGUAUGACUCCAUCCCAACGUAAUGCAUUUCGCUUGGCCGAACGUAAACGUUUGCAAUCUUUAAAGAAAUAAGAUUGCAAAAUAUUGUGUAAAUACUUAAUUAGAUUAACAUAACUUUAAAAAUGUUUUUUUUAUUGUAUUGAAUUGUUUUUACUUUGAAUUAAUGUGAAAACUGGUUUUUUUUAGUUAAAUGAAUUGUUUUUUUUUUC